AUGUUUGGCACAUGCAUUUACCGCGCUGGCUUGGGGCUCACGGGGGUCAACCGCAGCCUACAGACUUUUCACCACAUGGGCAAUGAAGCAGCGAGUAAAAGUUAUGAUUACCAAUUAGUAGUGGCCUGCAUGAGGCAAAUCAUUAGUCUUAGUUCAGUUAUUAGUGGCCAGGUGUUCAUGAAAUGUACCAUAUGCAGCCGCUUGUGCCUUCGAGUUACACUUGAAGCCAGUGGCUACGUGACGUCCCCGCUACCCAGGCACGCUCCAAAAAAAGAAACCUUCAACAAGAUUCCCACAGUACCACGUAACUCGGAUUAUAGUGCAAAGGGCUGGAAAACAGUACAUCUUGUUACAGGAACCUCUUUGCCUGCGGAGACGAAAACAGCGUUUUCAAGAACAGAUAGGAAGAUAAAGCAUCGUGAAAAAAUCUCACAGUCAAUGAACAUACUGGCUCUAACGAAAAAGCUCAUGGACAAAGUGUGCAAACAUGGCCCUAGGCAUCGCUGCUGUAAACACUAUGAAGAUAAUUGCAUUUCAUAUUGUAUUAAAGGCUUCGUUAGGAUGUUCAGCAUCGGUUACCUGAUCCAGUGCUGCCUUCGGAUCCCGUCCACCUUCAGGCAUCUCUUCACUGAACCUUCUCGGCUCCUUUCGCUCUUCUACAACAAGGAAAAUUUCCAGCUUGGAGCUUUUCUGGGAUCUUUUGUCAGUAUAUACAAAGGCACAAGCUGCUUUCUGCGCUGGGUACGAAACCUGGAUGAUGAGCUCCAUGCACUUGUAGCUGGGGCUCUCGCAGGAAUUUCUAUGAUGUUUUACAAAAGUACUACUAUCUCUAUGUACCUGGCUUCCAAAUUAGUAGAGACUAUCUACUUCAAAGGCAUUGAAGCAGGGAAAGUUCCCUAUUUUCCUCAUGCAGACAGCAUCAUCUAUGCCAUUUCCACAUCUAUAUGCUUUCAGGCAGCUGUGAUGGAAGUUCAGAACCUGCGACCUUCCUACUGGAAAUUUCUUUUACGCCUAACGAACGGCAGGUUUGCUGUCAUGAAUAGGAAAGUUUUAGAUGUUUUUGGUACCGAAGCCUCUAAGAACUUCCAGGGUUUCAUACCCAAGCUGGACCCCAGAUACACUGUCGUCCCACCAGAGCGGCCACUGGAGCUGUCUUGAAGAUGAUAGCGUGUCUUGUCAUUAAGUGUGAUCAGCGUUUUGUCCCGAGAAGUUAAUUAACUUAACAGGCCUAUAAAUGGAGGAGGUCUUGGGCUCCACUUCAGUAUUAUUUCAAUGAGAAAUGCUUUUUACCAAUCAAAAACAUUGAAGCUUUGUAGGAAGGUGUAGGCUUAAUGAUUAAGCCCCUUCCAUAC